CGUGGUGUUAGUGUCAACUCGUGGGAGACACCACAGGUUCCUAUAAUAAUUGUUGGUGUGUUCUACCUCUCCCCAACAAGAAACACCAAUGAUAUUCGCGAUUCACAUGCUAUUGAAAGUUAUGGUAAAAAUAUGAUAAUAUAUCAAUGUACUUCUGUGAUAAAGAAAAAUAGUAUCCAUCAUCGUAAGGAAAGGAUUAAGGCGUUUAUAAAUGCGCGCGUUAGGGCGCCUUUACCCAUGUGAGUUAUGGUGCGUUUACAUUUGUCUGCCACAUCUUCUACAUCAUCUGCCACAUUGAAAAAGCUAUUUAAAUCACCUCUCCAAGUUUACAGCAUCUUGACAUGAUAAUUGCAACAAUUCUAUUGAAUUUAAUAUUGGCGACGGGAUGGAUGAGGCAAGUAAUGGGCGGGUUUCCAAUGGUGACUCCUACGGUGGGAGACAUAUGGCCGCGCCCCCAGUUCGCAGAUAUUAGCAACGCUAAGCAUUUGGUCAUUCAUCCAGACACUUUCAUGUUCGUGGUUGUAGGAUACACCUGUGAUAUCGUAGAGGAAGCAACGAAGAGGUACAUGAACAUCCUUUCUAAGUCCACAUCUUCUCAGCGAGAAGCAGGAGAGGCAUUGGAAGGAGGCUCAGGCAUCCAUGGUGUCUUGGGUCAUCUCAAUGUCAACCUGUUGGCAGAGUGUGAGGACUUCCCUUAUCAGGGCAUGGAUGAGUACUAUGAGCUGAAAGUGGCUACCCCAGACGCGCCAGGGGAGGCUUCCCUUACCGCUUACAGUGUAUGGGGCAUCGUAAGAGGCCUGGAGACGUUCUCGCAACUUGUGCAAUCAGAUUCCUCUAGUCUCAAAAUUAUGAGUGCAGAGAUCAUGGACUUUCCUAGGUUCAGUUACAGAGGCCUAAUGUUGGACACAUCGCGACACUUCCUGCCACGGGCCAAGAUCCAAGAAACCCUUGACCUUAUGGCCAUGAAUAAGUUUAAUGUCUUCCAUUGGCACAUCGUGGACGACCAGAGUUUUCCUUACGUUAGCACUGCCUUUCCAGAUCUCAGCCUCCUGGGUGCCUACACGCCACGUCAUGUGUAUACAGUAGAUGACGUGGCCGACGUUAUUGAGUACGCUCGGUUACGAGGCAUCCGUGUUGUACCCGAGUUCGACACGCCAGGUCACACUCGAUCAUGGGGUCCUGGUCAGCCCUGCCUUCUGACGGAAUGUUACAAGGGUUCUGAUCCCGAUGGAACAUUUGGUCCGAUCGACCCAUCUCACAGCGCCAACUACGACUUUCUGGAUGCGUUUUUCUGGGAGGUGACCAGCCGCUUUCCUGACCUAUACAUCCACCUCGGAGCAGACGAAGUUUCCUUUGAUUGUUGGAAGAGCAAUCCUCACAUCUCAGACUUUAUGGAGCAGCUUGGCAUCAGCGGCGAUUACAAAAAGCUGGAAGAAUACUAUAUCACGAAACUGUUUGAUAUCAUCCAGAAUUAUCCCACCAAUAACAGGUACUUGGUGUGGCAGGAUGUUUUCGACAAGGGAGUGAGCCUGCCAAAUAGUACAGUGGUGCAAGUUUGGCAAGAUGGAGACUAUCCAGAAGAUUUCAUGGCCGAAAUUGAUGCGGUUACGUCCGAGGGUUUCUUCACAAUUCUUUCUUCGUGUUGGUACCUCAACCUUGACACGUUUGGGUCUGACUGGUUUGAUUACUACAGCUGCGAACCCCAUGAUUUUGAAGGCUCGGAGGCACAAAAGCAACUGGUUCUCGGAGGAGAGGCGUGUGUAUGGACGGAAUAUGAGGACCGCACGAACCUGAUUCCACGUACAUGGCCCAGAGCAGCUUUAGUGGCGGAGAAGCUAUGGAGUGCUGCAUCUGAUACCGUCAGUACCGAAGGUGUUCCCUCCCGCCUGGAUGAGCAUCGCUGUAGACUGCUGGCACGAGGCUACGAUGUAGAGCCUCUUCUUCCUUCCUAUUGCUCCGCUGAUAUCGCAUUAGGAGAGUGAAGAACCUGUUGCUGUUUUCGGUACCUGUAUGUUUCUAACAAUAAAAUUCAGGACCUUUC